AGGGAGCCGGAGCUGGGCCCUGGGGAGAUGGCUGCAGUCCCAGCAGUGGAGAGAAGCAGAGAGAGCACGCCGCAGCCCCAUGUCCCAGCUAGGGCUCCCUUCCCCAGCUCCCACCCGUGGCUGUGAUGGCGGCUCCUGCCCUGUCCUGGUGUCUGUGCCUCCUUGUCCUCUGGCCCCCGGCCAUCCCUCGGGCAUCUACAUCGGUGAACGGAUUGACUACUUCCUCACCUGGUAGGUACAGGAGUGGCGGGCGAACCCCAGAGGGCCAUGGGCACCCUGCAGCCAGCCACGCACGCCUCAUCUUACCAGCAGAUGCUUCCAAGCUCACGUGCUUCUACAACUCGAGAGCCAAUAUCUCCUGUGCCUGGAGCCGGGAUGGGGGACUGCAGGUCACGACGUGCCACAUCCAUGCCCAGCCGGAUAAAAGGCAGUGGAACGAAUCCUGUGAGCUGCUCCCAGUGAAGCCGGGAUCCUGGGCAUGUAACCUCAUCCUAGGACCCCCAGAUUCUCAGAAACUGACCAUAGUUGACGUCAUCAACUUGACCGUGAUGUGCCGCGAAGGGGAGAGGUGGAGGAGGAUGAUGACCCAGAAUUUCAAGCCCUUUGACAACAUUCGUCUGAUGUCCCCCCACUCCCUCCAAGUCGUCCACAUAGAGACCCGCAGAUGCAACAUAACCUGGAAUGUCUCCCAGUUCUCCCACUACAUUCAAAGCAAUGUGGAGUUUGAGGCCCGGACAAGGUCCCCGGGCCACAGCUGGGAGGACACCCCGCUGCUGACCCUCAGGCAGAACCAGCAAUGGAUCUCCCUGGAGACGCUGGCUCCAGACACGCUGUAUGAGCUUCAGGUGCGGGCCAGGCCCCAGCUAGGCAGCCACGAGGCCUGGAGCCCCUGGAGCCAGCCUCUGGUCUUCAGGACGAGGCCUGCAGCAACCAGGAAGAAGACCCUGCCCCUUCCUUCGAUGGGCCACAUCGUGUUGGGCCUCUGCUGCACUUUUGGUUUCGCCGUCUUGGUUUACUUGCUGACCAGCUUUCGGUACAACGGGCUGUGGCUGAAGAAGGUUCUGAAGUGUCACAUCCCAGACCCCUCGGAGUUCUUUUCCCAGCUGAGCUCCGAGCAUGGAGGAGAUUUCCAGAAGUGGCUCUCCUCGCCCUUCCCCUCAUCCUCCUUCAGCCCCAGCGGCCCAGUGCCCGAGAUCUCCCCACUGGAGGUGCUGGACAGGGACGCCAAGGCCACGCAGCUGCUCCUUCUGCAGCAGCAGGACAAGGGCUCGUCAUCCUCAACCGAGACCAGCGGCCACUCGGUGACCAGCUGCUUCACCAACCAGGGCUACUUCUUCUUCCACCUCCCAGACGCGCUGGAGAUCGAGGCCUGCCAGGUGUACUUCGCCUACGACCCCUUCACGGAGGAGCCCGAUGAGGGUGGGCCCAGGGCGCCAGAGGGGGCUCUCCUCCCACCCCUGCCACCUCCGCCAGGGGAGGAAGACGCCUACUGCACCUUCCCCUCUGGGGACGACCUGCUGCUCUUCUCCCCCAGUCUCCUCGGUGGCCCAGGCCCCCCGAACACUGCCCUGGGGGGCACUGGGGCUAGUGAAGAGAGGCUGCCCCCCACCCCGCAGGAGGGAGUCCCUGGAGACUGGGCCCCCCAGCCCCUGGCGCCUCCCACCCAGGAAGCCCCUGACCUGGUGGAUUUGCAGUCACCCCCGGAGCAUGCGCUGGGAGAAGCAGGAGAGGAGGUGCCUGUCCCCAGCCCGAGGGAGGGGGCCGGCUUCCCCUGGGCCAGCUCUCCUGGGCAAGGCCAAGUCCGGGCCCCCACCUCCUGCCUGACCCUGAACACCGAUGCCUACCUGUCCCUCCAAGAGCUCCAGGAUCAGGACCCGGCUCACACAGUGUAGACAGACGGCCAGGGCUGGGAGGCAGGUGGCCUUCCGCUGUUGCACCAGGCCCAGCUGAGGACUCUCUGUCUGUGAGGCUUGUCCACUGCUGACACUCGGUGUCCGGCUGCCCCCGGUCAUCUCUGGCCAGAGGGCCCUCACCCAGCCCUGCACACUCGGCUGUUCACUUCCACACCUCAUUUGCUGCUCCCCGGUCCUACGGCCCAAGCCAAGAACUUCGGGGGGAGAGGCACUUUGACUCCACACUCCGCAUCAGUCGUGGAGUCCUGCGGGUUUUGCCUCUGAAGCGUCCCUCCUCUCCAGCCCGGCAGCUCCUCUUCAGGGAGAAUUUGGGGUUCUCCACGGGCCUUCACCCUGCGCUCCUCACAGGGCUUCCUGCCCCAGUCACACCCCCUCGCACCCACCCACCGCAGGACAACCAGAGUGCUCUUUCCAGAACACAAAGAGGGCUGUGCUGCUCCGGGUUUAAAACCCUGCCGUGGCUCCCCACUGCCCUCAGCCCCACUUCUCGGCCCUCCCCUUGCCUCUCCAGCAUCGUGUUGGGACAUUCCCUUCUGGCAGCCUCCCAAGGGUCCUACUGAGCCACUUGGAGCUCCCCCAUUCCCCCACACCUUUACACAUGCGCUUCCCUGUGCCUGGGGUGCCCUCGCCUCCCUCAUCUAGGUGACAAGCUCCCUUUAUCCUUCAAGUGUCAGUUCUGCUUCCCUGGGAGGGAAACACCACCUCCUUCAAUGUGCGCAAACUUUGAGAUUCGGUGCCGGAGCGACAGGCUCUCAGGGUCACAGGGUGGCUGAAGAAAGUGGCCCUGUCACUUCCCAUUUGGGAUCUCUUGUGACCUUUGAAUGCUUGGCUACAGCAUCCUUAACGCUGUGGCCCAAGUAUGGACACGAAUGCCCCGGCAAAGUGGACACCGGCUGGAUCUUUCCACAAUGGCUUCGCAGUAGCCUGCUGCUGGAAAGUAAACCCCUCCUAGUGGCAGGUCCUGAUGCUGUCACGGGGAGCCCUCCCUUGGGCCCCUCCCGCUCCAGCCUCCACUGGUCUUUUCUGCAGCUCAGGGGGUGGCACACCGCCUCCAGAUGGCAGCUCCCCUCACUACACUUGGCACAGCGCACUUGGCACUCCAUCAUAUUCCCUGGGCGAACUGAUGAACUAUCUGGCAGCAUCUUGCCUGGGCUCCCUGCGCCCAGCUGCCUUCGUGCAGGGGGUACCAUCCACCUCACAGGAGCACCCCUGGCGCCUUGACAUUUCUGAGGUCAAGACUUGGAGAGGCGGCAAUCCAGGCCCAUUAGAUUCCAGCAUGCCCGCUUCAGUGAGAGGCUCAUCCCCUCACGUGGCAGUCGCCCCAGCCACACACAGCUAACCCCUUCCUUCUCGGUGCUCCCCACCACCCGUCCACUUCUCUUCCCUCUGUCCCUGGCACUGAUCACACCUGUGAUGCCUAUCACAACCUCCUUCUUGACUAGAGUUCUUCGGAAGGCAGGGGCCCCAGCAGGUCCCAGCUAACCCCAAGGCGUGAAAACAGUGCCCGCAUUUAUAGGCCAUGCUUGCAGCUGAUUGGGCACCUGACACAAGCCCACCCAUAGGUUCAUCAGCAGCCUAUGAGAUGACUUAGAAGCUGUGUCCAAUCCGGGAGGCCGGGCCUGAACUGGCCAAUCAGGUUUCUCUCAGUCUUGGGCAUUUGAAUACAGGGCAGGAGGUGGCCGCAAGGAGCAGGUGCAUGUGGAGAAGAGCCCCAAAAGGCUAGAGAGGAGUUAGCAGAGGGGCCUGGGCUCCUAUUACUAAUACUGCUGCUCCCCAGGGGGUUACUGCAUUUCACUCAGGAUUCCUGUUUCUUCUAUGCCCAAAAUAAACUCCCUUUUCUUGAGGUUGUCUGAGUCUUGGAUCCUUACCAUGGAAUAGCUUAAUUACCGGGCAUCGCACUUCCCACCUCCUGCCAUAUGGUGCUGUGUGUUCUGGGCCGUAAGUCUCCUCAGUCCUGAGGAGAGCAUCAGACCCAAGCUCAGUGCCCACAACUUUGCUGUGUGUCCUCGGGCAAACCAGGAAAUCUCUCUGCAAGUGAAUUUCCACUUUGCAGAAUUCUUGGGAGGGUUACAUU